UUCAAUCUCCAUUUUUAUUUCCUCUCGAGAUUCGUUAUUUCUCAUCAUAUUGUAAAUAUGUCUACCAUCAUCUCUUGCAGCACACACUCUUCUUUAGCUGCCUCUAAUUGGAAUAAUCCAAGAAUACCCACCAAAGGUCCAAUCUUUCUAAGAACUCACAGGAGUUGUUCUUGGUGGAAUCGGCAGUUUUUGCUCAAAUCUAGUUCCCACAAGAAUGUUCAGUGUCAGCUUCAAAAUGGGCAGGAGAAAGAGAGGUCAUUUUCCUUGAAGGAAUGUGCAAUCUCAAUUGCUUUGGCUGCUGGGUUGAUUACUGGAAUGCCAUCACUGGAUUGGUCUCCUAUUGCUUAUGCAGCAAAUCCUGCAUUGUCCAAUUUGUCUGUUUUAAUCUCCGGGCCUCCGAUAAAGGACCCUAGAGCAUUGUUGAGAUAUUCACUGCCAAUUGACAAUAAAGCUAUAAGAGAAGUACAAAAGCCACUUGAAGAUAUAACAGAGAGUCUCAAGAUAGCCGGCAUCAAGGCGCUUGAUUCUGUCGAGAGAAAUGUGAGACAAGCAUCUCGAUCACUCAAGCAAGGGAAAAGUUCAAUUAUAUCGGGAUUAGCUGAAUCAAAGAAGGACUAUGGCAUGGAAUUGCUCGACAAGCUCGAAGUUGGGAUGGAGGAGCUACAACAGAUUGUGGAGGAUCGGAAUAGAGACGCAGUGGCACCUAAACAAAAGGAGCUGCUUCUGUACGUUGGAGAUGUUGAAGAGGAUAUGGUGGAUGGCUUCCCAUUUGAAGUACCCGAAGAAUAUCGUAGUAUGCCUCUUUUGAAGGGGAGAGCAGCUGUGGAUAUGAAGGUCAAAGUCAAGGACAAUCCAAACGUAGAGGAGUGUGUAUUUCAUAUAGUUCUGGACGGAUAUAACGCUCCGGUAACUGCUGGAAACUUUGUUGAUUUGGUGCAACGACGCUUCUAUGAUGGCAUGGAAAUUCAGAGAGCGGAUGGAUUUGUUGUUCAAACCGGCGAUCCUGAAGGUCCUGCAGAGGGCUUUAUUGAUCCUAGUACUGAGAAAACUCGAACAAUACCGUUAGAAAUCAUGGUUGAUGGGGAAAAGACACCUUUCUACGGAGCAACGCUGGAGGAGCUUGGUCUAUACAAGGCUCAAACGAAGCUACCCUUCAAUGCUUUCGGAACCAUGGCAAUGGCUCGAGAUGAGUUUGAGGAUAAUUCCGCUUCAAGCCAGGUAUUUUGGCUAUUGAAAGAAAGUGAACUAACACCGAGCAACGCUAAUAUACUGGACGGUCGAUAUGCAGUGUUCGGCUAUGUGACGGAAAAUGAGGACUUUUUGGCUGACCUGAAGGUUGGUGAUGUUAUAGAAUCAAUCCAAGUGGUUUCUGGCCUGGAAAACUUGGUCAAUCCAAGUUAUAAGAUAGCUGGUUAAAACCCUUUUUGUAGUUUGAAUUUAAAAUAAGUCAGUUCACUUUCAUGUGCUUCAGUUAAUUCA